UAAAAAAAAUAUUUAAAAAAAUUACCACAUGUGCGAAAUGUUUUCUGUUUUGGAUUUUUGUAGUUUGGAAAUUUCAAGCGUAAUCAUUUAAAACGUGUUAUCUAUUAUUAGUGUUUAACGUUAUAUGUGGAUAAUUACAUUGUUUUGAAGACAGUCUUAUUGUAAACUAUCAACAUGAGUGAAGAAAAGAAGGUUAUGUUCCAUGAGAUGGAACUUGACGACCGCAUUUUAAAGGCUAUUGCAAAACUAGCAUGGCCCGAACCGACUCUGAUCCAGGAAACGGCCAUUCCCCUACUCCUGGAAGGCAAGGACGUGCUGAUGCGGGCCAGGACCGGCUCCGGCAAGACCGCCGCCUUCUCCAUUCCCGUCAUACAGAAGAUCCUCAACCUGAAGAACACCAGCACACACCAGGCCAUCAGAGCACUCAUACUGUCUCCGAGCAAAGAGUUGUGCGGACAGAUAGCAUCAGUACUGCAAGACUUGACCCUCAAAUGUGCAAGAGAAGUGAGGUGCAUAGACAUAUCGGCCAACGGGGACAUGCAGACACAGAAGUCAUUGCUCGCCAACAAACCAGACAUAGUGGUGUCCACACCGUCUAAAGCAAUCACACAUAUAAAAGCCAAUAAUAUGAGGUUGAAAGAUGACUUGGCCAUGUUGGUUGUUGAUGAAGCUGAUUUGAUAUUUUCAUUUGGAUAUGAAGAUGAAGUGAAAGAAUUAUUGGGCUUCCUCCCCAAGAUAUACCAGUCAGUGCUAGCAUCAGCGACACUGUCAGAUGAUGUGCUGAGCUUGAAGAAGAUUGUGCUCCGGAACCCGGUGACACUGAAGCUGGAGGAGCCGGAGCUGGCGCCGUCCUCACAGCUGCAACACUACCACUUGUUUGCAGAGGAAGAUGACAAGGCCACCAUCCUGUAUGCACUGUUGAAGCUGAACCUUGUGCGUGGCAAGAGUAUCAUCUUUGUGAGGACUGUGGAUAGGUGUUAUAAAUUGAAGCUAUACCUAGAGCAGUUCAAGAUAGGCUCUUGUGUCCUGAACUCCGAACUCCCAGCAGCUGUCCGCUGUCUCUCCGUGGACCAGUUCAACCGGGGCCGGUACCAGAUCAUCAUCGCCAGCGAUGAGAAGGCCCUGGAGCAGCCUGAUGGAGGAUUACUAGAUGGGGUUGAAGAUAUUAGGAAGAAGAGUAAGAAGAAUAAACAAACAUCAAAACGCAAGAAAGACAAAGAGUCGGGCGUGUCGCGCGGCAUCGACUUCCAGAACGUGUCCAACGUCAUCAACUUCGACUUCCCGCUCGACAUCACCUCCUACGUGCACCGCGCCGGCCGCACCGCCCGGGGGACCAACCAGGGUUCCGUGCUAUCCUUUGUGUCCACAAGAGAAGCACCUCUGAUGGAAGCGGUGGAAGCCCACUUGUCCAAAGGAUUCAACAACCAGAAAGUACUACAGAAGUACGAGUUUGCCCUGGAAGAGGUGGAAGGGUUCCGCUACCGGUCCCGAGAUGCUUGGCGAGCGGUCACCAGGAUCGCCGUGAGGGAAGCUCGGUUAAAGGAGAUCAAGCAGGAACUGCUGAACUGUAAGAAGUUGCAGGGCUACUUCGAGGAAAACCCUUCAGACCUAGCCGCGAUCCGGCGCGACAAAGCCCUCCACACAGUCAAGGUCCAACCACAACUAGCGCACGUGCCGUCGUACCUGCUGCCGGCGGCGCUGCGGCCCGACGAGGGGGCCGAGGGGGAGGGGGAGGAGGGGGCGCGGGAGGUGGAGGGGAAGCCGCCGGCGAAGAGGAGGAAGGAGGGGUAUGGGAAUGCGAAGCGGUUUAAGUAUGAGGCGAGACAAAGCAAUCCGCUGCGCAGUUUCAAAGUGAAAAGUAUGAAAAAGAGUCAAGCGACGGAAGAUACGUAGUACCAACUUGUUAGUAUCCUGAUUAUCAAAUAAAUGUUAUUAUAUUUUAAGUUAAAA